AUGGCCGCUACCCAGCAGUUGUCGAUGCAGUCGCGUACUGGUCGCGUGAAUCAACGCUAUGGAUCCCAAGGCGAGCGGCUAGUCGCCGGUGUUGUCCCGCUUUCUGCCGACAAGUACUACGUGCUCCUCAUCCAGUCCACCAAGCGAAACGGAUGGGUGCUCCCAAAAGGCGGCUGGGAGACGGACGAAGCGACUGCCCAAGAUGCCGCCAAACGCGAAGCCUGGGAAGAGGCUGGCAUAAUAUGCAAGAUCAACUACGACCUCGGCCUCAUCCCCGAGAAGCGAAGACCCGACCAGCUCACCUCCCAGGCCCCAAAGGCCUCGUACCAUUUCUUCGAAGCGACCGUCGAGAAGCAGGAAGCUCAGUGGCCUGAGCAACACAAGCGGAAUCGGAAUUGGUUCAGCUAUACCCAGGCGCGACAAGCCUUGGCGGAACGGCCCGAGUUGCUCGAUGCGCUGGACCGGUGUACCAUGCAUCGAUCAUAG